AUGGGUGACUUUGCUGGCCACUCGCUCCUGUGCGAGACAGCUCUAGGACAAGCUAACGCCGCCGUCGACGACGCCGAGCCUGCGUGGAACACAUCCUCGUUCGCCGCCUCUCCUCCUAGCGUUGCAUUCCCCAAUCAGCUGGCAUUCUUUCAACACAACAUCACGACGAGUGACAAUACUCAAAAUAUACGUGCUUCCAAUGCCCUAGCACCUAAUGCUGGCCGACCACAACACUCGCAACCAUCGUCGACCACAAGUCAAGACUGGGACGGUCUGAGACCUACCAUUACUUUGCUCCGUCGAGAGGGCAAAGCACGCCGAGAAGUGCUAGAAGUAUUGAAGAGAGACUUCUCUUUUAAUCCAAACCCCCGACAUUUAAGCUACCGUCUAAAGAUUUGGGGGCUCGCGGGCAGGACAAGGGCAACUAAUACGAGCGGGAUACUGCCUUUUUCGCACCAGCCACCAACACAAGACAGAGCUGCAGCUCUUUUGCGUCAUGGAGCAAGUUUGCCAGUCAACGGUAUCGACGGCCUACAGCUACAGGGUGGGAUAGGUGUGCCCAUAGUCAGUCACAACCAUGAGGUCACAUCGGGUCCCACGAACGUGGCCUAUAAUAAUUCUGGCACGCCUAGUAUCGCAAUCACACCGGCACUUACGCAGCAACAUAUGCCAUCCUUGUUCUUUCCUCUCCUACCAACUACCACCGGAGACCAGCUUCCGACGACACCUUCUCGCAGCUCCGAGCAGCUAUCCACGUUCGAAUCCGCCCUACAAAUAGGUGAUGGGUCUUCCGGCAUGGGUAUCUACGGCGAUAUUCCCGGUCUGCCAUCAGCACCCUUCAACUCAGUGGGAGCAGAAAACUACAACACAUCUACUACUGAGGAGCGAGAUUUGGGAGCUAGCUUCCCUUACGAUGAACUGCGUGAAGCAAUCGAUACCGACGACAACAACCGCUUCAAAUGUCUCGUGCGUCGCGCCAUACGUGAAGUUGAUCCCCAUCACCACGAUCAAAAUUUGGCCAAGCAUGCACAGAAAGCACUAUCGCCCCUAGUGUUUAGUAUUGUAAAGCGCGGUAAUACUAGCCUCUUCCGAUUCCUAGUUACCCGCAAAAUGAUCCCCCCACAGCAGAUCAAGGAUCUGUGUAUCAUAACCGCCCUCGUCAACGGUCACCGCAGCAUCGUCGACGAAAUUUUCAAGCGCCAUACGCCAGCUGUGCUAGACUUGGACCAAAUUCUUCAUCAAGCAGAGUACAUCCGCAAGUCAUACGACGCACACGGUCGCCGCACUGCGGAAGACAUCUUUGAUCGAGUCCACCAGCAGCAUCUCAAAUCUCCGAACAAUGUUUCUGCCGUGCAUAUUGCUACGGCCCUGCUGCUCGGCGAGAAAAUCGAGGAUAUAGCCCGUCGAUCAGAUAUCAGCGUGUCAAUGGCUAAUGGCCACACAGCGCUACAUAUUCUAUCAUACCAAGACUUCGGCCAGGAUUCUAACAGAGUUAUCCGUGUUGCCAAUAUACUCCUAGGCUGUGGCGUGGAUGUUAACAAGAGAGACGCCGCUGGGAAUACUUGCUUGCACGCGGUAGCCUCGAACUACGACACGAGCUGGACACCAACAUUCAUUGAGAUGCUUAUCCAGCAUCACGUUGACGUGAAUAUAUGCAACAACGAAGGGAAAACUGCUAUGGAGAUAAUGGCGCUCAACUUUCCAUUGAACGAGACAACAUUGGAGCUGCGACAGCGCCUGCAGCGCAUGGCUGUCUCUACCUACUGA